AUGUUUUCUUACUCAGGGGAAGCAGCUGAUCAACAAGUGUUGGCCACGAUCGGCAUCCCCGGUGACGUCACGCUGCCGUGCCAUGUGCAGCCUGCCACGGACGCCACCGACGAGAUGCUGGAGUGGUCGAGGCCGGACCUGAACCCCAGAUUCGUCCACGUGAGGCGGGACGGCGAGGACCAUCUGGUUGAUCAAAACCCGUCGUAUGCAGGAAGAACAUCGGUGUCCGUCGACGGACUGAAACAGGGAAACGUGUCGCUGAGACUCUCCAGGCUGAGGCUGUCCGACGAGGGCACGUACAGAUGCUUCAGCCCACAAUCGAACACAGAUUCUAGAGUUCAGCUCGUUGUCGCUUCCCUCAUUGAGAUAACCACGGGUGGAGCUGGAGUGCUGGAGUGUAAAUCUGCAGGCUGGUAUCCAGAGCCUGAGGUGUUGUGGCUGGACGGUGAGGGAAAGCUCCUCUCUGCUGGACCUCCAGAGACAGUCAGAGGUCCUGAUGACUUCUAUACUGUCAGCAGCAGAGUGACUGUGGAGAAGAGACACAGCAACACCUUCACCUGCAGAGUCCAGCAGAACGACCAGCACCGAGACGCCAAGAUCCAUGUUCCAGGUUUGGAUUCAUGA